AGUCGACCGCCGUUGUUACUCCGAUACAGACGUGUUUUUAUUAUCGUUUAUGAUUUUUGUUUUUAUUUACGCGCGUGCGUAUUUUCCAUGGAUGUUUGAUUCUCGUCUUAUGUCUGACAGAAUAUCGCAUCAAAAAAACGAGUGAAUUGAUGAGCAACAUAAUUGCAUCUAAAAGUGAAUUUGAAUUUAUUUUUUGCACAAAAUAAGUCGCCCGUUCGGAUACUGGGUGAUAUUUAGUACAAUAGACCGGAAGGAAAAUAUUGCAGCCUCUUCAGUCAUACUGCAGUGGUGGUAUUAUGGAGAAGAAAAUCGUCAUGUCCUUUCGUUCAUGAUUUAAUUUUUGUGUUGCAGACAAUUUCUUUUCGUUUUUUUUUUCUCGUUUCCCUUCAACAUCAUUCAAUUCCGUAAUCUCGGUGUGGAUCUUUAUUGACAACAAAGUGAAGUCCUGUGUUAAGGAAUUUGUGUUUUUCUUUUAAAGAAACCCGACGUUUUGUGUUUUUCAUCAUUUUCAAGCUGUGUGGAUUGACAAAGACACAUAAAUUUAUCGACAAUCGAUUAUCAAAACCAACCCAAACCUCUUUAUUCGUAUGGAUUGUGGUUAUAUUUCGCAAUGAACAGUUCGGAAAACACUGAUAAGAUUUUCUGUUAUCAAUUUUCUGACAUUAUACGAAAGUUGUGGACUGUGUAGCAUAUGGAAACUAGGUUUCGAUUAGUGUGGUUGAACAUAUUUUGAAGAGAACGAGUGACAUUAAAGUACAAAAAAAAAUUGUUGUGCAUGAAAUUUGGUAUAAAGGACGAAAAAGACUGUGGUAUCGACUGGAUAAUUCAGCUGAUUACAUUUUUGGCUCUACUUAAAUCCGAUGUCAACAUUCAACGAAACAUAGUCGUUUGUGUUGCUAGACCGAAAUUUCCCAGUGUGCAAAUUAUCGAGUGUUAAACGAUUGUGAUAAAAAGCGAUUUCGAAUCAAAAGCAAAUAGAAAACAAAUCAAAACAAAAUGGCCAACACCGUCCUCUUAGAAUCCCGAUCAUAUCGACCAUUCAAGUCCAGUGAGGAGUACUUGUAUGCAAUGCGAGAAGAUCUGGCUGAAUGGCUAAAUUUAAUGUAUCCAGAGCUGCGUAUAACAACAGACAAUUUUAUGGACCGACUCGAUACGGGUGUAGCAUUAUGCAAGCACGCAAAUCACGUACGAACAGCGGCGGAAGAGUAUUUAGUCCGACGACAAGCACGCAAUAAAUCAAUGACAAAAUCGAUGACCUCCGGACUGGCUGGACCAAUAUUGGCCAUUGGAAAUAUUCACUAUUUACCAGCCGCUAAAAGCGGAACAUUUUUCGCUCGUGAUAAUGUGUCGAAUUUCAUUUCUUGGUGCAGAAAAAGUCUGCAAAUCUUUGAGUGCCUAUUGUUCGAAACCGAUGACCUAAUAAUGCGAAAGAACGAGAAGCAUGUGAUAUUAUGCUUACUGGAAGUGGCACGGCGAGGAGCAAAGUUUGGAAUGCUCGCUCCGAUGCUCGUGCAAAUGGAGAGACAAAUUGACCGUGAAAUAGCAGCCGAUAAUCGAGCUAAUGGGAUCGGUUGCGGUACACAAACUGAAAAUGGUUCGAAUACAACAUCAAUCGGCACAGAUCUAUUCGAAUCGGACACAGACGACGAAGACGAUCAGAAUGAACCAGUCCUUAUGUACGGCCCACAGCCGCAAAUCAUUACAAAUGAUUUAAAGAGCUUGGACGAAAUGGUUCGUGAUUUGGUCGAAAAAUGCACGUGUCCAUCUCAAUUCCCAAUGGUCCGUGUAUCGGAAGGAAAAUACAGAAUUGGUGACACAAAAGUUUUAAUAUUCGUUCGGAUAUUACGAUCCCAUGUGAUGGUACGCGUCGGCGGUGGUUGGGACACACUAUCCCACUAUUUAGACAAACAUGACCCGUGCCGAUGCAGAGCAUCACAUCGAUCAUCUGUAGCAGCACGAUUGAUAACACGCACGAAUCAGGCCACCAAUGGCAUCGAAUUGCACAAAGCUCAGGUGUUCUAUGAACGGUCACCACCGGUGACUCGCAAGUUGAACAACACUUCGGGUAAUAAUACAACCAACACGAACACUUUGGCUACUUUGUCACCACCAUCGCGAGCUAGAAGUCGAAGCCGAAGCCCUUCCGGUCGCAAGCAAAUCAAUAACGGUCAUUCAGCUGGAGAGACACUACAGCUUCAGGACAAACAACAAUUGACAUCUCCGCAUCUAGCUCGUCGCUCGAUGUCACCGAGCCCACGACGCCUAAAUGAAUUCAAAAAGAAGCAGACAUCGUUAGAUUCAGCUGUAUGUCCAACCGCUGUUGUUUCCCAACUCGAACCCAUUACCAAUGCAGAAGUGACUACGGAAUCGAAAACGGAGCAAACGAAUGGUGAUGGUGUGGAGAACAUUAGCGACAAUGGCAGUGAAAUUAGCGAUGAAGGCUAUCGAAGUUUGGGUGUUAUUCAGGCGAAUCUGAAUGGGAAUCUGAAGAGAUCGUCACUUCACAGUCAAACAUCUGAAGAGCCCGAACUGAAUGGGCGCCAAGAACAGACUUCCAGUGACUCUCAAUUGACUCCUACCGACGAUCAAAUUUCGAACAAGACCGACGCAAUUGAAUCCAAUUUGGAUACGUGUGACGCCUCGCACACACAGCCGAAAACGUUCGAACAAUCCGGAGUUUUUAUCACAGACGAAGACAUCACAAUUGAUAUCUCAACGACAACGGGCCUUCGAAAAACUGGCUUCUCAGCAAAUCUCUACGGCGAUGAUAGUACACCGAAAGCGACAACUAAAAUUCCCCGUUCUCCAAUGUUGGUGCGUCGCAAAAGCGACUUAUGCAGUGAAAUUGUAACCGGCUUGCCAGUAAAUUCAAUGAGAAAAUCCCCGGUUUACCGAUCGGUGCGAAAGCCAACUGUGUCAAAGGAAACCACACCCGUAGCGCCUCCAUCGAAGAUGACCAGUCCCAAGAACAUAAACACUUGGAACGGGCGAUCUACGAACAAAAACCGGCCAGCUGUGGCCAACGACACCUUCCAAACUCCAGCGCAAAACAGUUCGUUCAAUCGAAACUCAUCCUCGCGCACAUCCCAAAAUAUGUACGACAAAAAUGGCCGCCGAAUUAAGUCAACCAAUUCAUCGCCCACCAAAACAACGACCUCUCCAUUGGCCCAGCAGAUAUUGGAAGCGGCCGGCAAUGCCAAAAACGACAGUCAAAUGUUGGAGAAAAUGAAGGCACUGCUGAGCAAAUACACGAAAGUGAAUGGCAAUGGAAAGGAAUACGACGACGAUGACUUCACAACCGCCUGGGUAAACAGUAACGGAACGCUGGAUCGAGCAACGACCAACUUUUCACCGUCUCCGACCAAAAUGCAAUCGAAAAGAAGUUCGGCCGCAUCGUCAAUCGAUUCGAAUCAGAGCAAGGAUACGUCUGCGUCCGUUAUUACAGCCAGACGUGAUCGAGGCGUAUCUCGCAUUCCGGCACCGAUUCGCCAAAAUACGGAACUGUAUUGACGACUGCGCAAAUCGUAGAAAUCGCAUUUUUAGACGUUUCGUUGCGACAUUUUUUUACUUUUCUUUCUCUAUCGUUUGUAGUAGUGGAGUCUAUCCGAUGAAAAUAUUCUUUUUGUUUGAUUUAAAUUGAUUUUUUUUUACUUUUUGUUAAUUUUUUAAAGAUUGAAUUACAUUUGGGUUGUUCCGUAAGACAACUUUUAAAUUUUUUUUUUUUUUUUGUGAUCUUUGGGUCAAUGUUUAGCAUUGGUGCGCCCUCUCAUUUCAACCUUAGAAUCAAAUCAAAAACUCCGAGAAAAAUUCUAAUGAAAUCUGGCAGAAACUGACAUGAAAGAUCAGACAGCACUCAAGUCAGACCUUACUGAACUGUCAGCCGUUGGAAUUUUUUCUUUCAUUUUUUUUCUUUCGUAAAACUAUUCACUGAAGCUUCUGCGUUUGCCAGCGGCCAAUUUUAAUGAAAUCAUAAUAUUAGACACGAAACGAAUGAGUUUUGUGUUCGAGGGGCGUGUGAACGAGAGUUUCGUUUAAAGGAAACGUUUUCCACCAGCGGAUUUUAUUAAGAGCAAUGAUUCCUUGAGAUACUUGGCUUCCGAGCAAUGACGGGGUGCGAUUUCAAUCACCUUGUUUCUCAGUUCCUUAGAGAAGAAGUUUAGUGAUUUUAGUGCUGGAAUGCUACCUAAAAUAACUGGACAGCUUUGACUACAUUUGUUGUCAAUACGUGGGUUUGAGUCUAAGCUCAAGUAACCAUUGCUCUUAAUAAUAUUUCCACUGUUAAUCACCGGGGCUUCCCAAAAAAAAAAAUCUGGAAUUUUAAAGAAAUUUUUAGGAAGUUUUUAGGAAUUUUAAGAAUAUUUUAGGAAUUUUGUAAGAAAUUUUUGGGAAUUUCUAAUUUUUUUUGUAAUUAUUAUGACUUUUUAGGAGUAAUAAGUCCCGGUUCAUCCGCCCUUUGCUUGGAACAUUAAUAGAAAAUAGAGAUGAUAAGAAACCGAACCACAGAAAUAAUAUUUUUCUAGUAAAAACCACAAACUUUGCAAUGAUUUCCGUGUUUGAAUGACACCCACUAAAUGUAAUUUGAAGACUUCCUCCUAGCCUUUAUAGAGAUUAGAGAGUAGAGAGAUGUUAUUGCUCAGGUAUUAAGUAAAAUCCAUUCAAAUAACAAACUAAAAUUAGAUAGAAAUUCAUAGAAAUUAAGAUUUGUGCAAAAGAUAAAAUUUCCAUUUUAAUUACACACAAACAGACACCGACUGCAUGCAUGAAUAAAGAAGCAGACAAUUGAAAAGACUUCGUUAAAAUUAGUGUAUAUGAAAAGAUAAAGAUACCCCCACAUGCCGAGUGAGUAUUUGGUGAAAUUGAAUUUGAAUUCGAUUAUUUAAGAGAGAAUAUUUUGAGGACACUGUCGACGAAAGAAAAGAUAAUGAACAAUCGUGCCAGCUCGUACAUUAAAGACGAAGAAAAAUGAGAAAUUGAACAGAGUUAGUAUAUGAAUCGAUGUUGAAUACUAGCACACGCAACAGGAGAGGAAAAAGUUCUUAAAAUCCUAUCAAAAUCGAACUGAAAACCGGCACCGAAACUAUCUUCAAUCUGCAUGGUUUCAACGAAUGCAUUAUGGCUGCCGGAUGCCUGAAGACUAGUAAGUUAGAUCCGGAAUUCUAAGACCUGUAGUUCCGCUUAGGGCAACAGAUGAUCAAAUAGCCGAAAGUCUCCACUUCAAUGUGUGCUAAUGAAACCGCAAAAAAAUUAAAUCUUCACAAUAAAGACCAUGACCAACAACCGUAACCCGCUAAAGUAGAAGGAAAUGAACUGAGAAGGAAAAGAGUUAAUUUUAUUGAGCUUAGCAUAUUUUAGUGAAGAGAAAAUAGCUUCGCUUGCUAAAUUAACGAGGGACCGCUAAAUGCGUUUCGUGUGGAAUCUGUUGUUCCGAGCCGGGGCCGAGGUCAGUAGUAACGAAAGGUACAGUUUUCAGCACACAAGCGCGUGAUACAUUGUAAUAGUUUCCAGUCUACAGGACAUUUUCUGGCCUGAUCGAUUGAAAUCUAAGAAUCUAACCUUUGACCUGGACUCGCUAGUCAUGCAUUUAUUGACCUCUGAUCCGCCUCUGCUCAACAAACUUUCCACAUAGAUUCGACUUUUCAUUCCUUAGAAGCUAGCUGACUAUUAGAUCAGUGUGAUUCUUCCCCAUUUUACGUAAAGAAAAAACAACAAUCACAUAAGCCAGGUCACUAAUCAUGCAGCGUUUAAUUUUCUUUUCGAGUUAUAAAGUACAAUUGCACGCAUAAUAACUAAUUAAUGCCGAAAGCUCUAAAAUCGAUCUUUAUAAAUCGAUUAGUUAAAUGUAGAGAAGACCAGAAAUGAAUCAUAUGAAAAAUAAAUAACAUUUCGGUUUUCUUAUAAUUCGCUAAAGCUUCACGUACAAUUUCUUCAUAAACUAUCCAAAUAGCCUUGCUAGAUCGAGUAGUACGUGGAAUAUAUAAUUCAAUUGUGUUAAAGUCAUAUCAAAAAUAAAUUUAAUUUAAAAGAGCACAGCACUGCUCUCUCAGGAGGCAAUGCUGUGAAAAAAAGAGGAAAAUUAAAAAUUAAUUAAGUUUCUUAUAAAUGGAAGUAAAAUUAGCCUACACCAGGCCAUAUGUAGACAUAUUGCAGUUUCUCUGAAACAAAGACAAAUAUUUGAGCUAAGCUUUUUGCGCAUGAAACACAUACACACACACAAACAAAAUGAUUUUUUUUUAUUAUUUAACCAUUGGUGCUAUAAAUGAAAAUGUUUAUAAAUUGUUUUAAAAGUGUAAGUUAGACGAUGGAAAUUAAUUAAGAAUUUUGUUUUAAUUUGUUGAAUUUUAAAAAUUCAGUUUAUUUAUACCGACGAAAAAAAGAAGAAGAACAGACAAGUGGACAGGGGUGGCGCGUAGUUUUAAUAACUAAGGUAUUGGAUAAGAAUAAUAAUUUUUGUACGAAUUCAUAGGCUAAGUGUAUUCAAGAUUGGUACAUGCGUGAAGAAGUAUAUUUAACCGAAUUAACCGAAACAAAUUUUGAUAGAGAAUGGUCGUUUUAAAUUGACCUAAUUUAUGUCAUACCUCCAACAUUAACACAGAGCUUGGGAACCAGCAGGGUCUUUAGACCUCCGAAAUGUGAAGUGGAAUUUUCGCAAAGUAUCGUUGAGCCGCCAUAAAUUACUAUUUUGAGCACAGAGGCACUCGACCAUGGAAAUAAUGUUUUCCUUCGGAGUCAAAAUUUCUCGUUAACCGAAAAUAUAAUAUUGAAAGGUCGUACAUUUUACCGGUGGUUCUGUAAACGUUAAAUUUCCCACUACACAAAUUUUACGGAAAUGAAAUAACCACGUUUACAGGACACCGCAUUAUUUCCAUACACUGAGCCGCCGUAAAAUCUAGCUUGCUCUUGUUGUUCAAGAUAAAUUUAGAAGCAUUGCUCCGUUUUAUUUAGAUGGACGGUGUCCGUAAUCUGAAUUAUUUCCAAACACUAAGAUAUUAGGGUACGAAGCCUGCAACUAAGGCUUGAAACAAGUCAGGUUUUACCUGAGGCUGACCUGAGUUUACCGAAACCUGUUUUCACCUGAACCUGAUGUAAUCAAUUUCGACCUGAAAUAAUGAUCAGAUUCGACCUGCCAGGUGACAUUUCCAGGUAUACCUGAAAACUCUAAUGAAAAUUUCAGGUAUGCCUGAAAUCUGAACUGACAGAUUUAAAUAAAGCAGGUUGAGGUCAGGUAAGGAUUGUCUUUAUGACCUGAAUUUUUAGGUUGAGUCAUUUUUUGACUUCGUUCGACCAAAUCCGAUCAUUACAUUAAAGUUAAGAUAAUUUCAAAAUUUGACAACAGAUGGCGUUUGCGUCUAUGUAAGUUUUAUAUUGGAGAUAUAACAGAAGUUAAUUCAAUUUGAGAUGACUAGCUCUUCAAUUUAAUUUUUAUUUUUAAAUUUAAUUUUCCAUUUUGUAAUUAUAAUUUUACUAAAAUCUCUAAUCUAUUUAUCGUGUUUCGUUUUUUUUUAAAUCGUGUAUCUGUGUAUAAUUAGUAUAGAUGAUAUGUGACACUGACAUUUAUAUUAUUAUCCAAAUCAAAUAAAAAAAAAGUUUUUUAUUUAAAAUUUUAUUUUGCUCCCUUUGCAUUAAAGUUUAAAAUCUCUAACCCCAAACUAUUAUUGAAUGUAAUAAGAAAAACACUUUUUAUUAUCACCAUA